AUGUACAUUAGUGUAAAAAAUAUAUUCGCGUUUCUAGUACUGGCCGCGCACGUCGUAUUAGGAAGGAAAGAUUUUGAAUACAGCCUGGAUGCCAAAGAACUGGAAAAUAAAACAUCAUUGAGAGUUUUGAAGCCAGGGAAUCUGAGUUCUGAUCCGAUAAAAUUAGGAUAUAAAGUACAAGUGAGGAUAAAGUCGUUUUCACCUCAACUGGAUUCGGAUUUAACGGGCGAAGUUGUCCAUACAUUCGAAGUUGGAAAGCAUAAUAUAACGCCGUUGAACGACGCACUGAUUGAUAUGAGAAUUGGAGAAAUAAGUAAAAUGGACGUCGACCUGCAGGAGCUCCAGAAAAGCUCAGUCUUCGGAAUGCUGCAGCUAUCAGGAGACGACGAUAUGGACGCGCACAACCUGAAGACGUGGAAGACGCUGAUUUACGACGAGGAGUCGAUGCGGAUACUGUCGCCGAUAAUGAAGCUGGGCGACCUCAGGAGGCAGGGUGUGACGCUGAAUCUGCUUCUGAAGGACAGGAGGGAUCCAAUACCAGGGGUUGAUGCGGUCUACCUGGUGACGCCCACGGAGGAGAACGUGAGCGUGAUUCUGAACGACGCGAAGGAGAAGAAGUACUCGAGAAUGCACAUCAACUUCACGACCUUCACCUCGGACUCGUACCUCAGUGACCUGGCAAAGAGGUUCGUGGAGAUCAACGCCUUCAACGCAGUGGCCUCCGUGACGGACAGGUACCUGCACUUUGUGACGCUGUCGCCAAUAACCUUCUCCCUGAACAUGCCCCUGAGCUUUAAGACCUUUUACGGAGACGUGACUGAGGAGGUCAGCGACAGGAUGCUGGACCAGUUGGUGGACAGGCUGCUGUCGCUGGUGGUGACCAACGGGAGUCUCCCGUUCAUCAGAGCACCCAGGGCAACGUCGCCGGCGUCCUCAGUUGCCGAAAAGUUGAACAGGAAGCUGUACGACCUGGUCUCGACCAGAAGUCAGCUGGGCAUAAACUUGGCGAGCAGCUACAACAGGCCACUGCUCGUGGUACUGGAUCGCACGUUGGACCUGGGCACGAUGAUUCAGCACAGCUGGAACUACCAGCCGCUGCUCCACGACCUGUUUGGAAUUCACUACAACAAGGUCUCGAUCAAGUCGGGGGUGACCAAGAAGGAGUUUGACCUGGAGAACAACGAUAAGAUAUACCAAUCGAUUCUGGCAAUGCCGCUCUCGGAGGUCGCAAUGUACAUCUCGUCGUCGCUUGAGUACUACAACACACAAAUAACGCAGAUUAACAAGAGUGAUGAUAACAGUAGCAGUAGCCUGGUGAAUGCUAUAAAUGCAAUACCACAGCUGAAGGAGCAGAAGAGGCUCCUGGAUAUGCACACGAACAUUGCGACGAGCCUCGUUGACGCCGUGAAGGAGCGGGACAUCGACCGAUUCUACGAGUUCGAAUACGACAUGGACAUCAUGUACGACAAAAACUGCCUUCAGACGUUCGAGGAGCUCCUGGAGAACAGCAACGCAAAGCCGAUGGACAAGUAUAGAUCACUGCUGAUAAUGGCGCUGUCGAAAGCUUCGAUCAGUGAGGACAAGAUUAACGAGUACGAGGAGCGGAUAAAGAGGAACAGCGGAAUCAAGUGCGAAAGUCUGAAGGGGCUGCGCAGCACGAUGAAGAUGAAGGACUUCAGCUCGAAUCUGCUGAAGCACAUACAGACUGCAGUGAACGAGAAGAAGAGCGACCCUGCAGCGCAGCCUAAGAACGAGCCAUCGCAAACGCACAAAAAGUUAGCUGACUACAGCAGUAAGCUAAUAGGCACGGGGUACAACUUGUUUAAGGGAGUGCGCAACCUGCUGCCUAGGAAGAAAAACCUCCACAUGGUCAAGAUAGUAGAGAACUUAAUAGCGAACAUGGAGGGCAUUUCAGAGGACUUCGUGCUCUAUGACCCCAAAACGUCCGACAAGGUCUCCACCAAGUCAAACAAGAGGGUCACUUCCAAAAAGUGCAUAGUCUUCGUGGUUGGGGGCGCCUCCUACAAUGAAGCGCUCGCCAUGUCGGAGCUUGCCGCCAGACUGAAACACACGAUUCUCUAUGGGUCUACCUUCUUCGACAGGCCCGAGGAUUUUGUUGAACAACUGGGUUCCGCCAACAUUCUUUCGUAA